AUAGUUUUAAUUUCUCUUUCAUUUUUUCUUUAAAUUUUUAUCAAUAGAAAAACAAGAAAAAGAAAUAUUAAUUAAAUCAAAUGCAUAGAAAUUUGUAGUGCAUUUAUUAAAUAUAGAGUAAAGAGUGAAGUUUGGCUCUCCAUAUAUAGAGAGCCAAAUUGACUCUCUAUUUUAUAUUUAAAGAAUAAAGAGUGUAUUGGAAAUGCCAUUUUAAUAUAUGACUUUUUAAAAUAAAGAGUUUGACAUAUAUAAAGAGUGUAUUAGAGAUACUUUUAUGGACCCUAAAAUAUCGUCAUGUUGAGGUUUGUCUUGUGUCGAUGCCUCAAUAGGAUUUGUUUGUAUUCAACUGUUAGUAUACAUGCUACAAAGGUUAACUCAUUGAGGAGUUACUUUCUCAGCAAAGAUUCUCAAAUGAAUUCUGCUUUAGGAGAUAUGUACUCCAAUCCAAGCUUCUUCAAAUAUCCCAUUGUUUCAAGAUUAAAAAAUGUAGCAGCUUCUCAAGUGUGGUUCAGUGGUGACUGGGGUAUGUGAUUCUAUACGAGUUGCUAAUGUGCUAUGGCUUUUCCUGAGAGGGAGCUACCUUCUUUAAGCAGAGUUUAGUGCUUUUCAUUUUGGUACAGGUGUGCUGCUGUUUCUAGACAAGCAUUCACUCCCUGUCCUGCCCCUAACUUAAUCCCAAGUAGAUUGUAAAAUGGUAUAUAGGAACUCUGCAGGGUUUUAAAUAACAGCAUUAUGAACCAUUUCAGUAUCCGAAUCAGUGUAAUGGUAUCAAACCGUUUUGUUUGCUGCUACUGUAAAUUUUAAAACUCCUAAUAGAGCAUAAAAUUAUAUAACGGUAUUCUGAACAUUGUUUGGUAUCGCCAUAUAAUCAGAAUCAGUGUAACAGUAUCAGACUGUAUCCUCGAUAUUUUAAACCAUUUUCAGAUGCAAGUAGAAUCGAAGGCUGUAUAACUCGCAUGAGCAGGGUGGAAGCGGGAGAUAUACACUUGAAAAUUGAGAAGUCAUGAUGUGGGAAAUUGCCAACAAUGAGUAAAUCUUACUUCUGGUCAAAGUGAGAAGUGAGACCAUCCAUUAGUCUCAAGUAGGGAUGGAUCUACACAAAAGGUGAACACCAUAAGUAGCCCUGAACUUAUCCCAAUGUAUUUAUACAUAAUUUUCCAUUACACCGCCAGAAGGCUUCAUUUGCCAAUAUUGUGGCAAUCUCUGGUUUUCAGAUAUAUGUUCAAAUGAUCUUGAUGAAAAGUAUUGUUGUUUAUUCAUGCUUCAGCACUGUUUGCUUCAGACAGAGAAGAUCUUUGAUUGCAGUAGCAUAUGAGCAGCAGAAUGGAGAAAAUAAGAUAAGAACUAAUUUUGACUGACAUUUAUGUCUUGUAGCAACUGAUAUUCUCGGAAAUCAUCAUUACAGAGGCAAAUUUAUGAGCAGUCAACAUGAAAAGAUAGAAAUUUUUUGGGUAUAUGAUUGCAGAGUACAACUCGCGGACAACCCACUCACUUCAAAUGAAGAAGCUGGAGUUGUCCAAAUGGUGUUCAAGAAGUUGGCCUCUUUCAUUUACAACUACAUGAGUCCGAGAAGGCAGCUGAGAAUUAAAGAUGUAAAAUCUUAUGAAGCAACUGCACUAAAUGUCUCGGAGAACUCAAAAGACGGGGAGCUUACAUCUCCUGGUGGAUCAUGCUCGGCUGAGACCGCCGAGGCUGAAGGUGAGUUCUGUUGUGUUUGCUUGUCAAGACUGAAGGGAGGUGAGAAUAUGCGUGUCCUUCCUUGCAUGCACAGGUUUCAUAGAGUCUGCAUUGACAGAUGGUUCAAUGUGUGCCGGAAAACAUGUCCAGUGUGCCGGUUCGCAAUGGGACAAGAAGAAAGAACAUACAAGAGAGAAGAGCAGCUCACGGAAGAGAUGGUGAUAUGGUUUUCUUCUUUCCAUGUAGCUGGUUUUUAAGUUGUAAUGCUAAUUCUUCAGUGAAAUUAAUAAGGAACUUUUGGUUGAAAAGUAAAAACAGAUAACAAAUGGAGCUUUUUUAUUUA